AUGUCGGCACGCGUGUCUGCGGUUGAGUACACUUCGUCUAAAGUACGGGUCAUGCGGGGCCCAUGCGAAGCUUGGCGUGCCCCUCGAUAUUUUUUGGGGGGAACGCUGCAUGUCAUGGGAGAAAAGCACGGUCUGCGACUAGCGUCUCAUGGAUUAGCGGAGACUUUAGAAAAAAACUCACAGAUGAGUAGUCUUCGUGAUACCAUUUUUAUCCGUGACGUAACGGGAUUUCCGGUUGCAUUGCUCAAAAUAAACCGGCGACCGUUGGGACCGGAGAAGACACGACGGUCAGCAAAUGUUGUUGUCCAGAUGUCUGAAACACUCAACUCGACCAAUCACGUUCUAAGUUCGUCGCGACCCUUGGAAUGA